CUUGAACCAUUCCCGCUCAAAUCCACACCUACAAAAAUAGCCAACCAUCACCACCACCACCGACCACCAACUUCUCUCUCACCACAACCCACCCGCAACAUGCCACGGCUCUUGCGACGCAACCUUCGGUGCCACUACUGCAACGCUGUAUCGCGGAACCCCCAACCUGGCGAAAUUCCUCGGCAAUGGCGGUGCCCAUCCUGCGAAUCCGUUAACUUUCUGGACGAGCGCGGCAACAUCGCCGACCCUCCCACCGAGGCAACGAGAAUGCACCACUCCUCUCGCCUUCAAUAUGCUCGCUCGCCGUCGCCGUCAGCCUAUCAGUCUGCCGAGUCGCCCUUUUGCGAAACUUGCCAUCGCAACCAGUUCCUGCUCCGCGAAACCCUCGCCGAGUACAUCCCCGACGAAGAUGACCCGCAAUAUGCAAAGUAUCUGGCUAGUGCAGAUACUUACCGCGCCGAGCUGGAGGAGCGUUAUCCCCAGGUUUGCGACAACUGCAUUGGGCCUGUCCAAGAUCGCAUUCGUGCUGCUGGCUAUGCCGCAAAGGCCGACAAUCUGAAACGGAGGUUGGUCGAGAGUAAGAAAUACAGGAGCAAAGAGUCGACGGCACGGCAGCGCUUCACCCUGGCCGUCAUAGCGAUCGCGCAAUGGGCAUAUGUUCUCAGCGUCUUCGCGGGCCUCCUAUGGCACGCCAUGGGAAUGGCCGUCCUUCCAGAACACGCUCCACUUGCGUUCGACUGGACCAUGUGCGCAAAGCAGGCCUUGUCUCUUCGCCGCAUUAACGAACUAUGCGUCAACUCUUUUGAGGUGCUGGAUAUCCUCAAGUACGCCCUUCUCGCCGAUCUUCUUACCGUCUGGUGGAAUCCCAAGUUAAGACAGAAGACAAACUAUCCGGGUGGCCGCAUGCAUAAUCUUUUUCUGGUAUGGGGGUUGCGCAUAAUCACCUUGGUGACCCGUUACCUUAGCUACAUCAGUUUGCGCAACGUCGAAGAGAAUACAGCAGACUGGUAUCGCUGUACCCAUGCCAUCUUCUUUGCCAUAUUACUUUGCGCCACCUUGGCAGCGUGGAACUUUGUCCGCAUAUCCCACCAAUCUACGAGAUCUCUCUUGCAGCCUCUUGACGCCCAUCUGCCUAGUCUCUCAUCCCCCAAAGCAGAGCGAUCUCGACCAAAAACACCCAGAUCCUCGCGCCCUAUAACUUCCAGCUUCGAUACCAUGGCCGAGUCUUUCACGUCCAGCUUCAUGGGCGGGCCCAGUUCCGCCUACCCACCGUCUCCCACCCUCACAGACGAAACAUCCACCACCGAAGACAGCGAGUGGACUGCAACCCCGUACAGCAAUCUUGACAGCACCGCCCGAAAGCCCUCUUUCGGUGAAAUGGCGAUGGACUGGACCCCAACACGGAGGCGCUUCGGCUCAGAAACCCCAACCAUCAUUCCCCAUUCCUUCCCCCGUCAUCAACAACAACCUCAACAACAACCGCCACCUCCUUCACCUACACCACAAAACCGAAACUACCAGCAGCACUCCCUCUUUUCCCAGCCCGAUCCAAACCCCUUCCGUCACAGGAUCCCUGCAGCGCCGCCUCGCUCUCUCGGCCCAUCCAACAGAUCUACCCGCUGGAACCUUCGCCCUCUUUCAUCCUCAACCACACCGCAAAACCCUUUCCAACCCUCGUCUCGAAAUCAGCUUUUCGGAAGUACCGAUGAUGUUGGAGUCGAUACUACGGAUCCCCCGGACUGGAGCGUCCCCAAGAACGUGAAACGAGAAGACGAGCUGUUCGCGAAACCACAGUUCAAAUACGACGGAUAUGCAUUGGGUCACGAGAAUAAGGAUACCGGCCUGGAACAAGGGUUUAAUGAUUUGUUUUCGAAAUAA